GAUCUGCAGUGUUUGACCAAGUCGUGUCGUAGGCGUGCAGUCAAUGUUCGAGAUGUCGCUGAGUCUUGGAGCUUGGACUGCAGCCUCCAGACAUGCAUCAUUUCACGAUCGGCGAUCGCUGCGGCCACGUGGACUUUGGGCUACGUGUCCUCUACAGAGUCCGGAAUUUAGUAAUAGUAAAGGACAACCAUCCUAUCCUCCUCUUUCAUCACCUUUACGCCUCAGAAGCCGGCUUUCUGGUACUUACCUUGGACGGGAUGAUUCCCUCAUCCCUGCUGCUUCUGUUGACACUACUAUGUCUUGGAGUCCUCGUUAGUGCAGUAGAUUUCUACAAAGUACUCGAUCUGGCACGUUCAGCUUCUGAUAAGGACAUCAGAGCUGCAUACAAACGAUUAAGUCGAAAGUACCACCCAGACAGAAAUAAGGAUGAGGGCGCGGAGGAGAAGUUUGUCGACAUUGCGCGAGCCUAUGAGGUUCUGUCAGAUUCAACGAAACGCCAAAUAUAUGACAGACAUGGCGAAGAAGGCUUGAAAGCACAUGAGAGUGGUCAGCCGGCCCACACCAAUCCAUUCGACAUAUUCCAGAGCUUCUUCGGUGCACCUCCAGGAGGUCAACAGGCGCGCAAGGGUCCAACCUCACUGAGUGAAAUUGAGGUCAGCUUGGCAGACAUUUACACUGGUGCAAGUAUCGACUUCAUGAUCAAGAAACGUAUUCUCUGUGAUCACUGUCGAGGAUCAGGUGCAGCAUCUUCAGACGACAUUCACUCCUGCCCUUCCUGCGGUGGCGCAGGCGUCAAGAUUGUCCGUCAGCAGAUCUUCCCGGGCAUGUUUUCUCAAUCCCAAGUCUCUUGUAACGAGUGCGGCGGUCGCGGAAAGAUCAUCAAGAAAGUCUGUCCACACUGUCAAGGUAGCAAGGUCCUGGAUCAUACCCAGCAUUACACCCUUGAAGUCCCGAAGGGAAUGCCAGAAGGUCAUGAAAUCGUGUUUGAGGGCGAGGGUGACGAAAGUCCGGACUGGGAAGCAGGCGAUGUCGUCUUAAGGGCAAGAAGUCGCAAGGAAAAGGGCGGCUGGAGGAGAAAGGAAUCCGGGUUGUAUUGGAAGGAGACUAUUGGCGUUGCGGACGCCCUGCUUGGUUUCGAGCGUAAUCUCACUCAUCUCGACGGCCACACAGUUCAACUGAAACGAACUGGCGUCACACAACCUGGUUAUAUCCAGGUCAUCAAAGGAGAAGGUAUGCCUAAGUUUGAACAGACGGGGUUCGGAGACCUUUACGUCGAGUAUAACGUCGUCCUGCCGACUUCUCUCUCGCCAGAGAUGGAAAAAAGAUUCGCCGAAGUCUUCCAUCUUGAAGAUGGCCAGCCGAAGAGGGACGAGCUUUAGUUGCAAUUUUCCCCUUGUAGAUUAAAUUAUUGUGCAUGGACGUAGAUUGGUUUGGGAUACUCAAUGGUUUGCAUGAAUACUGUCGUCGAAACAACUCAAUGCAAUGCAAACUCAACGUCAAGAUCUGCGAUCGAGGAUUGUCAAUCAGUAAUC